GGAGCAACUCCAGGUCAGAGAUUUCUAGGGACAGGCAGUGGGAUAACAAGUGCUGAGAGAGACAAGAUUUAUCAAUGGAUCAUCGAGCUUGCCAAUCCUGACACUCGGGAAAAUGCCCUUCUCGAACUCAGUAAGAAACGUGAGUCAGUCCCCGACUUGGCACCGCUGCUGUGGAACUCCUUCGGCACCAUUGCGGCUUUGCUCCAGGAGAUCAUCAAUAUUUAUCCUGCCAUCAACCCAGCGACGCUCACUGCCCACCAGAGCAAUAGGGUCUGCAAUGCCCUGGCACUCCUGCAGUGCGUAGCCUCACACCCUGAAACACGAUCUCAGUUUCUCGCUGCUCACAUUCCGCUGUACCUGUAUCCGUUCUUGCAAACCGUCAGCAAGACCCGGCCGUUUGAAUACCUCCGUCUCACAUCCCUCGGAGUAAUUGGUGCUCUUGUGAAGACGGACGAGCAAGAGGUGAUCAACUUCCUGCUCACGACAGAGAUCAUUCCGCUCUGCCUUAGGAUCAUGGAGUCGGGGUCCGAGCUGAGCAAAACCGUUGCCACAUUCAUCCUGCAAAAGAUUCUGCUCGAUGAGACUGGCCUAAACUACAUAUGUCAGACCUAUGAGAGAUUCUCUCAUGUUGCAAUGAUCUUGGGUAAAAUGGUCAUUGCUUUGGCAAAGGAACAAUCUGCUCGUCUUCUAAAACACGUAAUCCGCUGUUAUUUAAGACUCUCAGAUAAUCCAAGGGCCAGAGAAGCUUUACGACAGUGCUUGCCAGACCAGUUGAAGGACCAGACCUUCGGUGCCUGCUUAAAGGACGACAAGUCGACCAAGCAUUGGCUCCAGCAGCUCUUGGCAAAUCUGGAAUCUACUGCCGCUGCAGAUCACCGAAUUACGCUUCCGCCUCUUGCUGCCCAGUGAUGCUGUUUGGAAGAAGAGAAAAUGAGGUUUCUAGGAAGCUACACCUCAGGGAGUGUGGGUCCCACAAUGUAAGUCAGCACGCGAUGUAGUUUCUUCUGGUUCAAAGAAAGCAGCAUUGCAGCAUGUGGAAAGCAGCCUAUAGGGUCACUAGGUGUCUUUGUGUGGAACAUUGAUCACCCAGAAUGACUGUCACAGAAACAUGCGGCAAACUAUAUUCUGCAGCCCACACUCCAAGAGACAUACCUUCCUGUCACCAAAAUGGGGCUCUGUGUCAUGUGAAUCUUCUAACUACAGCACGUGUGUUUGUAUGUGUGUCAAGGCUGCUUAUGUGGUGGUUAUGACUAGAUGAAUAUUUUUGGAGGCAUAAUUUUGUAAUGCCUCUCAUAACCUGGACUGAGAUGGCAGCAUGUCGUGAUAUUAUGAACUGUGCUUGGCGUAAUCUAAGCAUUAUUAAUGGAUAUUGUGCUUGUGGACUUAGCCAAAAGCAAUUUUGAUUUUGCAAGGCUCUUAAACAAGUGAUUUUUCAUUUGCUAGGCUGUUCGAAUAAGUUAAGAAGAACUCUAGCUUUGCAAAGCAGAGGCUGUACUUACCAAAUGUGGGUAAUCAUUUUGCCAUUGUGUAACAAAAAUGUGCAGUGGAGGUUAUAGUUGUUACUGGGUCAAGCCAGGAACAAGCUAGGGGUUAUUUGUUUUCCUCCAUGAGGUAGACAUGUAAGACAGAGGAUUUAAAAGUAAAAGGGAAGGCUUAAGAGUUGUAUUCAGGUGGCAAUCAAACCCAGUUACAGAUACUGAAACACAAUGUUAUGAUGCUCCCAGUAAUUCUCCUUUUACUAUUCAGCUCUGGAUAAGAUAUGCCAAAUCAAGUGAAUUUUAAAGUGUUUGCUUAAUCAAGUGACUGAAAAGCUUGACAGGUGUGCAUGAAAGGUGUGUGGUUAAGAGCAUCGUCGCACAAGACAGCGGUGUGCUCACAUGUUUAACUGGUUUGGAAACUUCCCCUGGAUGUGGCCUUAAAGAAUACUCUUCCUCAUUUGUACCUGCCAACUGAAGCCAAAUUUUUGGGCUUUAUGUAAUCACCUGACACUUGCUUUGAUUGCUGUGCUGGUGAAGAUGCUCGACCAAUGUGUAACUUUUUCACUCCUCGAAACUUGGUGAAGCAAUGGACACAGUGCCUGGCAUUGACCAAACAGGAGAUUAACAGUAUAAUUUUUACCGUGAAAUUUGCUGUGCAUUUAAUCCUUUGAUGAGCUAGCUUUGGGACAUGAAUGUGGGAACUGAUGAUGUAAGUAAACUUUUAAACAGAGAGGAAUUUCUGAUAGAAUUCACAAUUUAGCAGGAAUUUAAAAAAAAGAACAGACAAAAGAAUUGAUAGUAGGAGGAAUUGUGAAAAUAUAGAUAAACAGUUUAAAGAAAUAAGUGACAUUUUACAAUUUGAAUGGCUUUUUAAUUUUUUUCUUUAUAACUGGAAAGAUGUCUUCAUUUUAGCCACUUCUGGAAAUUUGGUGUUAUAUCAAAAAUAACCAAAACAGGGUAAGUGUCACAUGCCAUGUCAAAAAAGAGAAUUAAAUGAAACUACAGUGUUGAGAAAGGGCUUUUAUAUUACGUAGAGUUGUACAGUCCAUAUUUAGGAAGUAGUUUUCUGUGAUUUCAUAGAGAAAGGUAAAAACUAUUUUUGAGUGUGUACAUAUUUCAUCAGUCAGAUUCAGAGACUUAUUCUGCAGAGGCAAUAGUGGGGACUACUAGUCUCACAUUUCCGUCAAACGCUUUAAGAAAAAAAUCCGCAGGGAAUAUGGGUAGCACUAGGAAGUGUUGCUCAGAUUUUGAGUUUUAUAACUAUUAUGUUAAAUUCAGAUGGUAUGAUAACAGAGGUUCAUUUGUAAGGGAUAUUGCAUGCAGGUAAACAGGUAAACAACAGUUAUUAAAGAUGACAGUUGUCACAGUGAAAUUCUUCAUAGCACGUAAAACUACCAUGAAUACUUGACUCUUUUCCAAGGAGUUUUUAGGUUUUGGGGAACAGUUGUACAAUCAUAUUUGGUUAUCAUGAUGAAGAAAGUAUUGCUUCAGAUCUGUGAUUCACUGUUGUAUUGUACACCUCAGCAAUGCAGUGUUUUACGUUUGUUUCCCAAUACUUUUUUUUUUUUUUUUUUAAUGAAUAAAGUUCUUUUGUAUUUUGAGAGAGAUCUUAUAAUAGACUGUUCAGAUAAAAACCAGAAUAUGAUUACUAUGGCCUGUUAAUUCUGUACGAGUUUAUCAAUAUUAUUCAAGUGUUCUUAUUAACAUACUGAUAGGAUAAGAAUUAGGAUACUCUUCUAAAUUCUCACUCAAUUGUUCCUCUAUGUCUUGUACACCACCAUUCACCAUUUCAGUCACAUUUCUCCAUGUGUUGGAACUGUAAAAAUGUGCAUGCAUUGAAGAAAAAUGAACCAGGGUCAAGAAUUGUAUUUUGAAUUGUAAAACUAUAAAAAUUGGAGAAUGUCAGAUGUUACCGUAUUAAGUGCAUUAAGAUUAAGAGAUUGGGAUGAAAAGUCUCAUGCCAUCAAAAUUUCAGCUGCUCGGUGUUGUGUUGUUUCACUGUUCGCAAGGACGAUCUUCCAAGUCAGUUUCAGAAAUGAAGUAUUCUCAGUUGAGUGAAACGA